UAUCCAUCGAUUUGAAAUGCGCUACAAUACUAUGUUCACAGAAGACAUAUAGAUAGCUUUGGAUGAUUGAAAUGAAGUCACCAGUGCAAAUGACGCUUCUAUAUGCAGUAUUGACACAUUAAAUAAACGGUGAAGUACUCUAAAAUGUUAGAUAUUGAACUUAUAUUAAGGAUUGAAGAAAGGAUGAAUUUCCCUACAUAUUUUUCGCAAAUUAUGUAUACUCCUCUUCUAUUAUUUUGUUGCCAAGUGAUUGAGAGGAAAGAAAGAAAUUCUAUAAAUCUUAGAAUGAAAAAUAGAACUUUCGUUUGUUAAUAUGAGAGUUUGUGAAGAUUACUGAAUUGUAUAGUUGACAUCAGAGGUUGGUUUGUUGGUUAGAGAACUACUGAAAACUUGAAAAACACUGGAUAGUUGUUUCACUCUAGAAUGAAACUCUUCAACAUUAAGGGGGGAUGUCUACAACAUCAUCAUGGAUUAAGCAAACGACAUAAGUGUCAUGCAAACGACACAGAAAACAAAGUAGAAACACUGUAAAGAAGAAACUAAUCGAGAUCUCAAAACCACCCAUGCAAGAAAACAUAAACAACUGCCUGGUUAGCCUAUCAACUCGAAAGGGAUUAAAUUACAAUACAAGCGACACCUCAAAACUGGAAUUCUUCGCAGCACUAGAGUCAUCACUCAGAACUUCCGGAGUAAGUGACGAAACGCAACGAGAUAUAAGACGAACUAUUGUACCGCUAACUUACCGGAAGAAGGACUACAACCAACUGACUUCACAAGAACAAAAAGCUUUAAAGAAACUCAGAACUGGAAAAGAUAUUGUCACAGUUCCAGCAAAAAAAGAACGCACCACAGUGAUUAUGGACAAAGAAUAAUACAUCAAGAAAGUCUAGGAACUACUUGACGAUAAAAGCAUAAAUCCACUCAAAAGGUUAAACAACCGAAUCUCAAAGACUUUAAACAAGCUCGUCAAAGCAGUAUAAAAUACAAAUCAAGAUCAAUGGAUAAUGAAAUCCUAUGGACCGGUGCUCCCUCAAUUUUACACGACCAAAACAUCCAGCUCAGAGAAAAAGACUCCAUCAAAAUCAUCUCUUUGAGCUACAUAUCUUCUCCAGCAUCUCAGAACGAUAAAAUCCCAGACACUGGACUCAUAUUGAACAUUGUGACACAGACAUAUAUUCUACUUCAUGAAAAGAUAUCGAUUGCAAGCUUUGAAAAAGUUAUCCUUUCAUAUUUACAUUUUUAUUCGAUAUAUUAGAAAUGCAUGCUAUUUAUUUAUCAUCAUAUACUCACUAGUGACUGGCUUUAGGAUGGAUUUCUUGUAGUUCUAGUGAGAAGCCGUGACCAAUGGAGUUCAGUCCGUGUUGGGUAGAGACAAACAUCUACCUCAGACAUUGAAUGAAUAGUUACACAAGAUUAUGAAUCAUUCGAAGUCAAACAUUAACACCGUUAAAUAUUAGCCAACUCAGUGGUCUGUAAGCUAAGCAUUCGUACAUGAGACUGAAGACCCUGGGUUCGAAUCCUUUUCAGUGUGGG